UUCCAAGAUGGCAGUGUUUUGUUGGAGAUUUUGCCUGUUUUCCGGAAUAAUUUUUCAUUUUCUCGGAUUUUCUCUGUCCGCAGACAUUGAAAUAGACGCCUCUUGUCGAAGUGAAGGCUGUGGAUUCGAGGACAACCCACUGUCACCGUUCAUAAGAUGUGAAUACUUACCAGCAGAGUUUGUUGAGUGUGAUCCACCCAUGGACCUGGAUGGGAAUGAGACAAAGAGAGAGGAGCUGGGCUAUGGCUGCAUUAAGUUUGGUGGUGAGCGGUUUGAGGAUGUGGAGAACACCAGUGUGGAGUGUCGGGUAUUACCAGGGAUAGAAUGUCAGGGAAACAGGACUUUCCUCAGUCUCAACCAAGUACCAUGUAUCAAGUAUUCUGGACACUACUUCGUGACCACGUUGAUGUACUCCCUCCUGCUGGGCUUCUUCGGAGUGGACAGGUUCUGCCUGGGGCACACCGGCAUGGGGGUGGGGAAACUCCUGACCCUGGGGGGCCUGGGGGUGUGGUGGAUGGUGGACAUUAUCCUUCUCUGUACGGGGAGUUUGGUGCCAGUCGACGGCAGCAACUGGAACCAGUACUACUGAGUAACAGACUUUAUCUCCAACCAGGUCUUUUGGAUGGCUGCGAAGACAGUAUCAAAUUGGCCAGGGAGUAUCCAUUUGCCACCUCGUACAACAAAGA